UGUUUUUUUUUAGUCGGCUGUGUGAGUAAAUGAGUAUUGAGGUCAAAGAUUGCUGCUAUCACAUCCUGGGAUUAUUAAAAUGACUGGUGUGUUUUAUGGAAUGCGGAUUCUCCCAAACUAUUUCCUUCUUCAUACCUGAUACAGAAUGACCUGCUGUGAUUGACGGAGCACACCAUGGCGACUGAAAUUAGUUUUUCUGCGUGUUGGGAGAGUUUUUUGAGAUGUUUUAGAAAGUCAAACCAAUCUGAAGAUGAGAGCAAACGUCAGGAUAAAAACAUAACCUCCACUGUCAUUCCAAACCCUCUUGCGCUUAAAUCUGAGCCGGACUUUCAUUUAAAAAGAGCCCUACCUGCGCUGCCUAAGGAGAAAUUAGGGAGUUAUUAUACAGCCUUGUUUGAUUACUCUGCUCGUACUGAAGAGGACUUGAGCUUCAACGCUGGGGAUACUUUGGAGGCUUUGGAUAAAAACGCUGGUGAAUGGUGGUUUGCCAGAGCAAUCACUGGGAUAUCAGUCAACAAACAGGGUUAUAUCCCUGCUAAUUAUGUGGCACCUGUGGAGAGUAUUGAUGCAGAACCAUGGUAUUUUCACGACACCAAGAGGCUGGAUGCAGAGAAGAUGCUGCUGGCUGAAGGGAACCAACAUGGCGCCUUCCUCAUCAGAGAGUGUGAAAGUCAAAAAGGAGAGCUCUCCCUCUCGGUGCUGGACAGCGGGAAGGUGAAGCAUUACAAGCUGAAAAAACUGGAAAAUGGUAACUACUUUGUGUCGAGGAGCAGGGAUUUUGAAACACUGCAGGCGUUAGUGCAACAUUACUCCCAACAGACAGAUGGCCUCUGCGUGCGUCUGGUUGAACCAUGCAAAAAGAUGGAGGCUCCACAGACUCACGGUCUGUCCUACAACACAGUGGACCAAUGGGAGAUUGACCGCAAAUCAGUCCAGCUGCGGGAAAAACUGGGAGCUGGUCAGUUUGGGGAAGUCUUCCAGGGCCUGUGGAAUGACAGCACAGCAGUCGCAGUGAAGACCCUCAAACCUGGUACCAUGGACCCCGAGGACUUCCUAAGAGAGGCUCAGAUGAUGAAGAAACUGCGGCACCCCAAGCUGAUCCAGCUGUACGCCGUCUGCACCUUGGAGGAGCCCAUCUACAUCAUCACAGAGCUGAUGAAGAACGGCAGCCUGCUGGAGUACCUCCAGAAGGACAAGGGUACCACGCUGGGUAUCUCUGACCAGACUGAGAUGGCUGCGCAGGUGGCAGCUGGCAUGGCUUACCUGGAGUUACAGAACUACAUCCACAGAGACCUGGCAGCCAGGAACGUGCUGGUGGGCGAGAACAACGUCUGCAAGGUUGCUGACUUUGGCCUGGCCAGAGUCUUCAUGAAAGAGAAUGAAAAUGUGUACGAAGCUAGAGAAGGCACCAAAUUCCCCGUGAAAUGGACUGCUCCUGAGGCCAUCCAUGAUAACAAGUUCACCAUCAAAUCUGACGUUUGGUCCUUUGGCAUUUUAUUGUACGAGAUCAUGACUUUUGGCCAGAUGCCUUACCCAGGCAUGACAAACUACGUGGUGGUCCAGAAGCUUUCCCAGGGCUACAGGAUGACUUGCCCCCCAGGUUGCCCUAAAGUCAUGUACGACAUCAUGACGGACUGCUGGAAACAGAACGAACAGGACCGGCCCACAUUCGAGACCCUGCAGUGGAAGCUGGAGGACUUCUUCGACCUGGAUGUCACCUCCUAUGACGACGCCGCCGGUUAUUAGUGCAACAACCAAGGUUGUGACACAUGGAAAGAAAAGGAACUUUAAAAAAACAAAAAACAUUCUGUUGGCACCGAAACAAAAUCAAAAUCACUUGAAUCCAAACAUGGACACUCAUUGAUGUUUCUAUGAAGUAACAGAUUCUAAUAUAAUUUGAGAUUCCACUCUUUGUGGUUGAAUGAAGGAUCUGAAAUGUUUUGAUCUUCUUGUGAUCGAAUACUGUAACUAUAACUGUGAGGAAGCUUGUACUAUAGUAACAGUCAGUUAGGACACUCCUUGUUUUUCUUUGACAACUGAAUGCACUUUCAGACAGGUAGUAUAUGCGUCUAGCCUAACUUUUACAGCAUGCUUGACUGGAAGAGGCUGCUUUCAACAGAGGCGGAAAUCUGCUCAUCUGGACGAACCAGUUUUUCUUACAUUUGCCAUAGCAGCAUAGUGAGCAUUCUUUCCAUUGCUUACCUUCCAAGGUGUUCUCUGAAAAUACCUGAGAGGAUUUACAAGACAUGUUCACUUACAAGCCCAAGAAACUGUGAGGGAUGCUGAGUGAGUAGAAGGUGUCAUCAUCCGUGAUUGCAAAUGUAUAUGGUAUUAACAUUAUUCAAAGGUAGGUGACUGUUUUAGACCCCAGUAGCCAGAGGUGUCCAUUAGAUGAAAGCACAAUAACAUUAUCUCCAGUUCUUUUCUUCCAUAAAAACAAUUCCACUCUAGAGUCAGCGCCAUGUCCUCCAUUACAUAAUCAAGCUUUUUGAUAUUAAGCUUUUGUCUUCGUGCCACUCCUACAACUGCUACAAAGAGAGCUAAAAACAAAGAGCAGUCAGGUUUGUAAAGAGCAAACAGUAUUACAGAGAGAAAAAACACUAGCUAGUGCAUAUUGUGUCCAUGAAUGAUUUUA